AGGAGACCUGACUGGUUGGCAGCCGUCGGUGAAGGAUUCGGCGUUUCGGAGGUACUUCAGAGGAGGGUAUCAGACCAAGCUUUCAGAACCUCGGCCAGCACCUGUGGAAGAAGCAUCAGCGGUAAAGCACAGAUUCAAAGAGAUGUUACACAGGAGCGGCUCUCAGUUCCUGCUCUUGAUAGCUCUGUGUUGCGUUCUGUACUCUGGGACACUCAGUCUACCGUAUACAUCAAUGAGGUUGGCUAAUCUUGACGGGGAUAACGAGAACUGGACCAAGACCCCGUCCAUACACGACUCCCUCCCAGAAAACUACAAACUCGAGUACGAUUUAUCAAAUCAAAUGCAAAGACCCACGAGGCACGCAGACGGUCUCUUCACCAGCGGGUACAGUAAGCUGCUGGGGCAACUGUCCGCCAGGCGCUACCUGGAGUCCUUGAUCGGAAAACGAGUCAGCGAUGAGCUCGCGGAGGACCAGCUGCCUGUGAAGCGACACUCCGAUGCCAUUUUCACUGACAACUACAGUCGGUUCCGCAAGCAGAUGGCCGUGAAGAAAUACCUGAACUCCGUCCUGACGGGGAAAAGGAGCCAAGAGGACCCUCCAGCUACACAGGAUGAGUCCACCAGAAGUGAGCUCUCCACUCCAGAGAGCUUGGAUGACAUCAGCGUAGAUGAGCUGCUCAGUCAUCUCCCAUUGACACUCUGAGGAAUAUUGGCCCUUGGGAGAGACAGCCGUGGUCAUUCAUCAUCAGUGAUUUUAAUAGCAUUACGAGGACAUCAGUAAUCAAAAUCCAAAUGGAAAUAUAUCACAGUAAAAAAAAAAAGAAAUUAUAUAUAGAGUAAAUGUUUACAUUGUACAGACAAUACUUUAGCUAGAGUUGUUGACUUGAUGCUGUACAUAAUGUGCAUUGGCCUUGGAAAAAAAAUGAAUUGCUUGGAAUAGUCUUCUGUAAAUGGUAGAUCAAUAAAUGCAUUUAAACAAG